GUUGCAGUUCUGCCUUAUGCCCACCAGAGGGCGCUGUGGCGAUGGAACAAAGCCGCUGCUGCCAGCCAGCUGGGGAAGAGAGAGAACCUGCAGAGCCUUCUUCCCAGCGCCUGUAGGGCCAGAACCUGUCAUCUGAGGACCUCCCUGUGCUGUGCAAACGCGCCCCAUGAGGCUACUCUUGAAAAAUGGCUGCAGAAACUGCAAGGGAGGCAGGGGUGUGGAGACAAACCAAAGCUCUUUUAUUCAAGAACUACCUUGUUAAAUGCAGGACUAAGAAGAGUAGUGUGCAGGAAAUCCUUUUUCCACUAUUGUUUUUAUUUUGGCUUAUAUUAAUGAGCAUGAUGCAUCCAAAUAGGAAGUUUGACGAGGUGCCCAACACUGAUCUUGGUACUUUAGAUCGCUCCAUGCUCUUGGACUUCAUUCUUGGAUACACACCAGUGACAAACAUGACAAGAAAAAUCAUGCAGAAAGUGUCUUUUGAAUACUUUGAAGAUGCUGUAAUUACAGAAGAAUUUUUCAGUGAAAAAGAAUUGCAAGAGGCUAGUACUGUUAACCCCUCAAACUUUGUUGGUGUAGUUUUCAAAGAUUCGAUGUCCUACCAGCUUAGAUUCUUUCCUGUUGCUGUCUCGCUGUCUUCUAUCAAUGUAGAAUCAAGAGCCAGUUGUUCCAGUUUAUCAAAGGGAUGUGAAUCUGUUACCUACUGGCGCUCAGGAUUUGCAGCUCUACAAACUUGUAUUGAUGCAGCAAUAAUACAGCUGAAGACUAAUCAUUCAGUUUGGGAAGAACUGGAAUCGACUAAAGCUGUUAUUAUGGGAGAGGCUGCUGCUAAGAAAAUCAGUUAUUUUCCUCGAGCAGUUAUUUUAAUUUACCUAGUAAUAGCUUUCUCACCCUUUGGGUACUAUUUGGCAAUUCAUAUUGUGGCAGAAAAGGAGAAGAAGUUGAAAGACUUUUUAAAGAUAAUGGGGCUUCAUGACACCGCCUUUUGGCUGUCUUGGGUUCUACUGUACACAACUCUGAUUUUUGUCAUGUCCAUUCUCAUGGCAGUCAUUGCAACAGCCUCGUCACUAUUUCCCCAAAGUAGCUCCUUUGUGAUAUUUCUUCUUUUUUUCCUGUAUGGAAUAUCCUCAGUUUUCUUUGCUUUCAUGCUGACGCCUCUAUUUAAAAAAUCAAAGCAUGUGGGUAUAGUUGAAUUUUUGGCAACACUGGCUUUUGGUUUUGUGGGUCUCACUGUUGUCCUGUUGGAUGAUUUUCCAAAGUCUUUUGUAUGGAUUCUAAGCCCCUCGUGUCAGUGUACGUUCUUGAUUGGGAUUGCACAGGUCAUGUAUCUGGAAGAUUAUGAAGAUGGUGCAAUAUUUUCAAAUUUAAAUCACGGCCCUUAUCCACUAGUUAUUUCUCUUAUUUUACUGGUUCUGGAUAGCAUGUUUUACCUACUUCUAGCUGUCUAUCUUGAUCAGGUCAUUCCAGGUGAGUUUGGAUUACGACGGACAUCAUUUUUCUUUAUGAAGCCCUCAUUUUGGUCAAAGCGCAGAAGAAAUUACAAGGAGUUAUAUGAGAGUAGUGUGAAUGGACUCUUAAGUUUCAGUGAGAUGGUUGAACCUGUAUCUUCAGAAUUUCAGGGAAAAGAAGCUAUCAGAAUCAGCUGUGUUCAGAAAACAUUCAGAAAAAAGGGUGAAACUGUGGAGGCUCUCAGAAGUUUAUCCUUUGACAUAUAUGAGGGUCAGAUUACAGCUUUACUUGGGCAUAGUGGAACAGGCAAGACAACACUGAUGAACAUUCUUUGUGGACUCUGCCCACCUUCUGAUGGGUUUGCAUCUGUCUAUGGACACAGAAUCUCUGAAAUCGAUGAAAUGCUCGAUGUACGAAAGCUAACGGGGUUUUGCCCACAAUUAGAUAUACAUUUUGACGUAUUAACUGUGGAAGAGAAUUUAUCAAUAUUUGCUCAUAUUAAAGGGAUAUCUCCCAAUGCUCUGAUACAAGAGGUGCAGAAAGUGAUGAAUGAUUUGGAUAUGCAGCCCAUCCGAGAUAACCAAGCUAAAAAAUUAAGUGGAGGGCAGAAGAGAAAGCUGUCGAUAGGAAUCGCUGUUCUUGGGAGCCCAAAGGUUUUACUCUUGGAUGAACCAACUGCUGGUAUGGACCCAUGUUCUCGACACGUUGUUUGGAAUCUCCUGAAAAACAGACAAGCCAAUCGGGUAACAGUAUUCAGUACUCAUUUCAUGGAUGAGGCAGAUAUUCUUGCUGAUCGAAAAGCUGUGAUUUCUCAAGGUACACUGAAAUGUGUUGGCUCGUCUCUUUUCCUCAAAACCAAAUGGGGAAUUGGCUACCGCUUGAGCAUGCAUAUAGAUGGAUAUUGCAAUACAGAAGCUACAACAGCCUUGAUCAAACAGCAUAUCCCUGGAGCCAGCUUGGUACAACAGAAUGAACAGCAGCUUGUGUAUACCUUACCUUUUAAAGACGUGGACAAGUUUUCAGGAUUAUUUUCUGAUCUAGACACUCAUUCACAUUUGGGUGUUAUUAGUUACGGAGUUUCCAUGACAACGUUGGAGGAUGUGUUCCUGAAGCUGGAAAUUGAAGCAGAAAUUGAUCAAUCAGAUUAUAGCAUAUUUAAUUCCCAGUCAGCAGGCGAGGAAAUGGAUACAAAAUUGCUCGAUGAGAUGGAACAAAGCCUACUGAUACUCUCUGAGACAAAAUCAUCUGCAGUAAGCAAUACAGCUCUCUGGAAAGAGCAGGCCUCUACUAUAGCAAAGGUUCACUUCCUUAACUUAAGACGUGAAAAUAAGUCAUUGGGACUUAUGUUGCUGCUUUUUUUAGUGUUUCUUGUCAUUCAGAUUUUAAUGUUCCUUAUACAUCACUACUUUAAAAACCCUGUGGUUCCCAUCAAACUUUCCCCAGAUUUGUACUUGCUGAAGCCUGGAGAAAAAUACAACAAGUACAAAACAAGUCUCCUCCUUCAGAACUCCACAGGAUCAAAUAUUGAUGAUCUCAUCAGUGCUCUCAGAAGCCAGCAGAUAUUGACUGAGAUGUUCAAUGACAGUGAUUACAUGUCAGCUGCACCCCACAGUGCAGCUUUAAAUGUGUCACUUUCAGAAAAGAGCUACAUCUUUACAGCUGUAUUCAACAGUACUAUGGUGCACGCUCUGCCUGUUUUGAUGAACAUCAUUAGCAACCUGUUUCUCCACAAUUUAAAUGUGACUGAGAAUAUUCAAAUCUGGAGUAACCCGUUCAUUCAAGAAAUUGAUGACACAGUUUUCAGACUGGAGGAUUUUUUUCAAGUGAUGUUACUAGGAAUCAUUGUAACGGGGGUGCCACCAUAUUUUGCCAUGGAAAAUGCAGAAAACCAUAAGAUCAAAGCUUACACUCAACUUAAGAUCUCAGGUCUUUAUCCAUCUGCUUACUGGAGUGGACAAGCAGUCAUUGACUUUCCUUUAUUUUUCAUUAGUCUUGUUCUGAUGAUAGGAAGCUUAUGUGCAUUUCAUCGUGGUGUUUAUUUUGAUACUUGGAAGUUCCUUGCUAUUAUCUUCUGCCUUAUUGGCUAUGUACCAUCAGUAGUGCUGUUCACUUACGUGCUCUCUUUCACCUUUAAAAAAGUGCAAAAUGCCAAAGAAUUUUGGUCGUUUAUUUUUUCAAUGACUGCUUUGAUCUCUACUGUUGUCACUGAAGUGGCAUUCUUUAUGAGAUAUUUCAUGAUAACCACCAUUUUUCAUUAUGUGUUCUGUGCCUUCAUACCAAUCUAUCCUCUUAUCGGAUGCCUGAUUAGUUUUAUAAAGGUAUCACGGAAACACCUACAAAAGAAUGAAAAAUACCAUGAGCCCUGGGACAAACUCUUGGUAGCAGUUAUCGCGCCUUAUUUGCAAUGUGUAGUGUGGCUGUUCCUCCUGCGAUAUCUUGAAGUGAAAAAUGGAGGUAAAUCGAUAAGAGAAGACCCAUUUUUCAGAACUUCUACAAAGAUCAAAACAUGGAAAUUUCGAGAUGAUCCACAUAAUGAGAAUGAGGAUGAAGAUGUAAAGGCAGAGAGAUUGUGGGUCAAAGAAAUGACAACCUGCCAGAGCUGUGAUGAGAAACCAGCAAUUCUGGUCAACAGUCUGCAUAAAGAAUAUGAUGAAAGGAAAGAUUUUCUUCUUGGGAGAAAAAUAAAGAAAGUGGCAACUAAACACGUCUCUUUUUGCGUAAAAAAAGGAGAAAUACUUGGAUUGCUAGGACCAAAUGGAGCUGGGAAAAGCACCCUGAUUAAUAUGCUGGUGGGAGACGUUGAACCAACUGCUGGCCAGGUGCUGAUAGGAGACUAUUCUUUAGGAUUGAACAGUGAGGAUAAUUCUGCUAAAUUUGUGGGAUAUUGUCCUCAAAUAAAUCCACUAUGGCCAGAUAUUACAUUGCAGGAGCAUUUUGAAAUAUAUGGAUCUAUCAAAGGAAUGAGUAAAACAGAUGUGGAAGAAGUCAUAAAACGCAUUGCAAGGGCCCUUGAAUUGAAAACCCAUCUACAGAAAACAACAAAGAAAUUAGCAGUUGGAAUUAAGCGCAAGUUAUGUUUUGCGCUAAGUAUGCUGGGUAAUCCCCAGAUUACAUUGCUAGAUGAACCAUCCACUGGUAUGGAUCCUAAAGCGAAACAGCACAUUUGGAUGGCAAUUCGAGCAGCAUUUAAAAGCAAAGAGAGAGCAGCUAUUCUGACCACUCAUUAUAUGGAAGAGGCUGAAGCUGUGUGUGAUCGAGUUGCAAUCCUGGUGUCUGGACAGUUAAGGUGUAUUGGUUCAAUUCAGCAUCUAAAGAGUAAAUUUGGCAGAGGCUAUUUCUUGGAAAUGAAAUUAAAAGAAACAGCAGACGUACAACAGGUGGAGUUCCUUCGCAGGCAAAUUUUGCACAUCUUCCCAAAUGCAUCUCAUCAGGAAAGUUUUGCCUCCAUUUUGGCAUAUAAAAUUCCUAAGGAAGAUGUACAGUCGCUCUCUCAGUCUUUUUUGAAACUGGAAGAAGCAAAACAUGCCUUUAAUAUCGAGGAGUACAGCUUUUCUCAAGGAACCCUGGAACAGGUUUUUGUGGAACUUGCUAAAGAACAAGAAGAGGAAGAUAACAGUUUUGGAACCUUAAACAGCACGCUUUGGUGGGAAAGAAGACAGGAAGAUAGAGUCAUUUUUUGAGCUCUUUAAAUACUGUAGGAGUCAAUAGAUGUACACUGCAGUUCACGUUUGUCUGGCUCGUUUGUUUGUUUGUUUGUGUGCUGAGUACUAAGAAAGCAGUUGAGAUUGAGAAAAAUAUCUGACUAGGAAAAACAAAAAUAAUAUUUGGAAACUUUUAGCAUAUUUCCCCUUCCUGGCCUUAUCCAUCAAUAUUAUGCAAGUGUGGGAGUGCCUUUAUUUGUGAGGACUCUCAUUGCUAGCAUAUAAUUUGUCUGUUUUUUUAAAUUUCUGAUCCACUCGCCUUACUCUGUCCUGUUUUGAAGCGAAAUGAUAAAUAACAAUUUAGUUCUUUAUAAUUUCCUGUUUGUUUUGAUCAGUCUGUGCUCUGUGCUUCUAGAAAUUCCAACCUUGAGCUUGUUCAGCUAUUCAGUAUGUAAUGUCAAUAUAUAAUUGAUCAACUCCAGGAUCAAACUUCUGCCUUGCUUAUCUUUCAAGAGGCAGCUUCCACCAAAGGCAGAGGUCCACAGAACCAGGACAACAGCACUAGAAAAGAGUCACAAAAGCAGAAGUCAGCAAAGAGGAUAUAGCAAUGCCAGAAGUCAAUGACUUGUCUGAGUUGGAGUAAACAUGUAGCUAUAAGGUGGAUGUUCAAAGAAGGUCAAUUUUGAGCUUGAACUGCCUGAUAGUGUUCUGGUAAGCUUUAUUGUCACAUCCUCUGCAUAAAAUUCCAUGUAGCAUACAUUGCUCUACAGAGUUAACUGCCUGAUUCCAGGAUUCAUCGUGGAAUAUGAUGCUGGUUAGUUCAGCCUAAAUUGUUUAUAUGAUACCAAUACCUAAAAUUCUGUUAACCUGUAGGCUGUCUUUAAAUUCCCAUUGGAUCCUGCUGAUCAAAAUCCUGAUACUCCUGUUUGGUAUGUACAGUUCAGGUCAACUCUCCUUAUCCAAAAUAAUCAAUAUAGUACAACAGUGCCUCUAUUAUGGAUCCUGCUCCAUCACCUAAAUUCUUGAGUUUAUUUGCUGUAUCUCAGUUUUAAACUCCUCCUCUUUUGUGCUAUGACCAUACUGGUUAGUCUCUUCUCAUCCUAACAUUCCUCCAGUCCUAUGCUGCUUCAGAGUGUGUAACGUGUGUGUUUUAACUAAUCUCUGCCCUCUUUUGGGCUAGCACCUCCCCACUGAUCAGUAGGCACAUGAUAGAUAUAUAGCAUAGUGAUGAGGGACACAGCUGUCAUUUCACAAACUUGCUUGGAAGAGGCCAGAGGCCCUUUUGCUUUAGUAAAAGAUACAGGGGGGAAAGGAAAUUCAACAUUCAUCACUAAAUAGGGCCCUAACUUAUAUAAUAAACUUAACUUGGGGAUCCACUCAACAUAAAAAUAUUUACACGUUAGUAUAAUAUGGCACGUGGUUAAUCGUUAUGUACCUUUUUAAUGCAAAUUGGCAGGUGUAACUCUAAUCAAGUUACCUUUGCAGGUUGCAUAAAAAUUUAUCAUGCAUGCACUUGAGUUUAAAUGUGGUUUGCAAAGAUGGAUAGGUUCCUUUCAGUCUCUAUUUGUAAAAGCAUGAACACCAAAUGAAUAUAUCUUUAUGGAAUUUGCAUAAAUGUGAGCAUUUCUAAUUGUAUUCUUUGUUAAAACAACCUGUUUUAUUGAACAGAUGUUCUAACACAUGUUUAAAAGGCAUUUAUUUAAAUGUGUUCAUUUUUUGUAACAGCGAAUUUACAGGCUUAUGCACCAAUACUCUCUAAUAUAUCUUUUUUGCGAUAGUAAUGAGGCAAUACAAUACAUGUCCAGUUCACUGACAGUGCUUUCUUAUUUCUAUCAUGCUCAUUUUCUCUCACCAUAAAUCAAAAAGAGUAAGCUCAAAAUGCAGAUAUUGUCUUGUCGAUAAGAAUACUUUUGUUUGCUUUCUGGCAAAAUUGUUCUUUGAGAAGAAAUAAUAAGAGAGCCCAUGUGUGGUUCUACAUCCUCAGAUCUGAGAGCAAAUAUUUAUCCUGUUUGUGGUUUCAAAGAAAAAUAUUUUUGAUUUAAAAUUGAAAGAAUUGAUUAAUCUAAUUGGCUAUUUAAUCUGAACUUUUUAGAAUCAAAAUUCAGGUUUUUGAACAAUCGAUUGCAUUGUAGAAUGUAUUAAUUGAAAUGCAUUGUGCAAAUACUCUGUAUAUCUGACGACACAUGACACAUAAGACAUAUCAGUUAUAUAUGUUUACUUUAAGAUUAGAAAAUUCCUAUCAUCUUCCUUUCUGAAAUGUUCAAAACUCAGAAAACUAUGCUAUAAAUCAAAGUUUUAUGCUCCCAAACAUUGUGUCCUAUUGGGCAAUAAUUAAUGUAAAAUUGAUUGAUUGCUUAAUUCUGUCUGUGUAGGGUCCCGUUUAUUUCAAUGCAAGUCUUAUAAUUGACAGAGGGGGCAGGAGUGAGCCCGAUAUGUGUAUAGUUUUUGCUUCUUUCUCUGUACAUCUAGGAUUGCAUAGAAUUAUGUGGAUCUUGUUUUCUUACAUAUUGCACUUGAGCCUGUGAAUCCCAUUUAGACCUUGAUACCCUGCAUGGUGCCGCUAUGCUGAGUGGGAAGGGAGAGGGUGCAUUAUCUUUCAGGAGCUGGUAUACAGUCAGUCUGUCCACUUUAAUAAGCCAUAUAUAGUGGAACCAUCUUGCACUGAAAUGUGGAGUAAUGUAACUCAGUUUAUAUUGAAGUAGAAUGAUUAUCUGCUGAAUUGUUUUAAGGCACUGGCGGCCAAAUUCUGUUACACUCAUGGAAUCCUAUUGCUAUUGUUGUAAUGUAUUUAUUUAACAUUUAUAUUGCAGUAGCAUCUAGAGCAGGGGUCGGCAACCUUUUAGAAGUGGUGUGCUGAGUCUUCAUUUAUUCACUCUAAUUUAAGGUUUUGUGU